GGCCAGUUGCAUCCCACUUUCACAAUGGGAAAGUGAAACGCACAAGCGCACCCAACCUCUCCAGCCCUCCCCGCCUGCCUCGCUCCCCACCGCCCGUCCCCUCCCUUCCCCCCGCGCCUCCCCGCGAGCGCCCGCGCUGCACAGAGGAACUCUCCGGAGAAGGAGGGCGAGGAGGAAGCGGCGCCGGAGCGUGCAGGGCUUGCCGCCGCCGCCGCCGCCGCUGCCCAGGCUGCCGGAGCGACCCCGCCGAGCGCCGCCCUCCCCGCUCUCCUUCCCGGGUGAGCCGCGGGGAUGGGGCGGCCGCGGGAGCCCGAGCGCGCUCAGGAGCCGCCGCCGCCCGCGUCGCCGUCACCGCGCGCCUGAGCCGCCUGAGCCGCCGCGCGCCCUGCCCGGGGGCGGCCCCCCCAGCCCCAUGGAGGUCUCCCGGAGGAAGGCACCGCCGCGCCCCCCGCGCCCCGCCGCGCCGCUGCCCCUGCUCGCCUAUCUGCUGGCUCUGGCGGCGCCCGGCCGGGGCGCAGACGAGCCCGUGUGGCGGUCCGAGCAAGCUAUCGGAGCCAUCGCGGUGAGCCGGGCGCACGGCGUGUUCGUGGCGAGCGGCAGCUGCCUGGACCAGCUGGACUACAGCCUGGAGCACAGGCUCUCGCGCCUGUACCGGGACCAGCCCGGCAACUGCAAGGAGCCUGUCUCGCUGGCGCCCCCCGCUCGACCCCGGCCGGGGAGCAGCUUCAGCAAGCUGCUGCUGCCCUACCGCGAGGGGGCGGCCAGCCCAGGGGGGCUGCUGCUCACCGGCUGGACCUUCGACCGGGGCGCCUGCGAGGUGCGACACCUGGACAACCUGAGCCGCAGCUCCCUGCGCAACGGCACCGAGGUGGUGUCGUGUCACCCGCAGGGCUCGACGGCCGGCGUGGUGUAUCGCGCGGGCCCCAAGAACCGCUGGUAUCUGGCGGUGGCCGCCACUUACGUGCUGCCAGAGCCCGAGACGGCGAGCCGCUGCAACCCCGCGGCGUCUGACCGCGGCACGGUCAUCGCGCUCAAGGACACGGAGGGACGCAGUCUGGCCACGGAGGAGCUGGGCCGCCUCAACCUGCGCUCGGGUGCGGGCAGCCUGCACUUCGUGGACGCCUUUCUCUGGCAAGCCAGCGUCUACUUCCCCUACUACCCUUACAACUACACGAGCGGCGCCGCCACCGGCUGGCCCAGCAUGGCGCGCAUCGCGCAGAGCGCCUUGGUGCAGUUCCAGGGCCAGGCGGCCCUCGACUGCGGCCACGGCCACCCCGACGGCCGCCGUCUGCUCCUCUCCUCCAGCCUGGUGGAGGCCCUGGACGUCUGGGCGGGCGUGUUCAGCGCGCCCACUGGGAAGGGCCAGGAGAGGCGCUCCCCCGCCACCACGGCACUUUGCCUCUUCAGGAUGAGUGAGAUCCAGGCGCGCGCCAAGAGAGGCUGCUGGGACUUCGAGAUCACCGAUAACAACUGUAAUGACGGGGAUCAACCUGAAAGAGUCCAACCAAUCGCAUCAUCUACCUUGAUCCAUUCUGACCUGACAUCUGUUUAUGGCACCGUGGUAAUGAACAGGACUGUUUUAUUCUUGGGGACUGGAGAUGGCCAGUUACUUAAGGUUAUUCUUGGUGAGAAUUUGACUUCAAAUUGUCCGGAGGUUAUCUAUGAAAUUAAGGAAGAAACACCUGUUUUCUACAAACUCGUUCCCCAUCCUGAGAAGAAUAUCUACAUUUAUCUAACAGCUGGGAAAGAGGUGAGGAGAAUUCGCGUGGCAAACUGCAGCAAACACGAAUCCUGUUUGGAGUGUUUAACAGCAAGAGACCCUCACUGUGGUUGGUGCCAUUCGCCACAAAGGUGUACUUUUAAAGAAGAUUGUGCACCUUCAGAGAACUCAGAACACUGGCUGGAUAUUUCACUGGGAGCUAAAAGGUGCCCUCAAAUUCACCUAGUUCGAAGCAGUAAAGAUAAGACUAUGGUGACUGUCAUGGGCAGCUUCUCUGCGGGGCACUCGGAGUGCGUGGUGCAGAAUGCAGACUCAGGCAGGGAGCUCUGCAAGGGCCGGAGUCCGCCAAGCCGCCCGUGCACCUGCAGCGUCCCAACCAGAGCCGCCUACAAAGAUGUUUUAGUUGUCAACGUGACGUUCUCCUUCGGUUCUUGGCAUUUAUCAAAAAGAUUCAGCUUUACCAACUGCUCAUCAUUAAGAGAAUGCCCAGUAUGCAUUGGAACUGGCUGUGCUUGGUGUAAAGGGCAGAGAAAGUGUAUCCAUCCCUUCACAGCUUGUGACCCUUCUGAUUACAAGAGAAACCAGGAACAUUGUCCAGUUGCUCUUGAGAAAUGGGCACCACCCAAGACAGGAGGAGGAGGAAGAUUCACGGAGAGUAAGAGUAACGGAACCGAGCAGGGCUUGCAGGUUUUCUACAUUAAGUCCAUUGAGCCAAAGAAAAUAUCGACCUUAGGGAAAAGGAACGUGAUAGUCACGGGGGCAAACUUUACCCAGGCGUCUGACAUCACAAUGAUCCUGAAAGGAACCAGUACUUGUGAGAAGGAUGUGAUACAGGUUAGCCAUGUGCUAAACGACACCCACAUGAAGUUCUCUCUUCCGUCGAGCCGAAAAGAAAUGAAGGAUGUGUGUAUCCAGUUCAACGGCGGGAACUGUUCUUCCGUGGGGCCCUUGUCUUACAUUGCUCUGCCUCACUGUUCCCUCAUCUAUCCUGCUACCACCUGGAUCAGUGGUGGUCAAAAUAUAACCAUCACGGGCAGGAAUUUUGACGUAAUUGACAACUUAAUCAUUUCACAUGAGUUAAAAGGAAAUAUAAAUGUCUCUGAAUAUUGUGUGGCGGCUUAUUGCAGGUUUUUAGCCCCCAGUUUAAAGAGUUCAAAAGGGCGUAUGAACGUUGUCGCUGUGAAGCUAAGGGUUCAGGAGACCUACCUGGACUGUGGAAGCUUGCAGUACCUUGAUGACCCCAGGUUUACAGAGUAUCGGGUGGACCCUGAGGUGGACACAGAAUUGCAAGUGAAAAUUCAAAAAGAAAAUGAUAACUUCAACAUUUCCCAGAAAGACAUCGAAAUUACUCUCUUCCAUGGGGAAAAUGAGCAAUUAAAUUGCAGUUUUGAAAAUAUUACUAGGAACCAAGAUCUCACCACUAUUCUUUGCAAAAUUAAAGGCAUCUCUAACGCAAGCAAUAUCGCCGGCUCUUCUAAGAAAGUUCGCGUCAAAUUGGGAAACUUGGAGCUCUAUGUUGAGCGGGAAUCAACUCCUUCCACUUGGUAUUAUCUGACUGCACUUCCUGUCUUGCUAGUGAUCGUCAUUUUUGCCGCCGUGGGGGCGACCAGGUACAAGUCCAAAGAGCUGAGCCGCAAACAGAGCCAGCAGUUGGAGCUCCUGGAGAGCGAGCUCCGGAAAGAGAUCCGUGACGGCUUUGCUGAGCUGCAGAUGGAUAAAUUGGAUGUGGUUGAUAGUUUUGGAACUGUUCCCUUCCUUGACUACAAACACUUUGCUCUGAGAACUUUCUUCCCUGAGUCAGGUGGCUUCACACACAUCUUCACUGAAGAUAUGCAUAACAGAGAUGCCAAUGACAAGAAUGAAAGCCUCACAGCUUUGGAUGCCCUAAUUUGUAAUAAAAGUUUCCUUGUUACUGUUAUCCACACCCUUGAAAAGCAGAAGAACUUUUCAGUGAAGGACAGGUGCCUGUUUGCUUCCUUCCUAACAAUUGCGCUGCAAACCAAGCUGGUGUACCUGACGAGCAUCCUAGAGGUGCUGACCAGGGACCUGAUGGAGCAGUCCAGCAACAUGCAGCCUAAACUCAUGCUGAGGCGCACAGAAUCUGUGGUGGAAAAACUCCUCACAAACUGGAUGUCGGUCUGCCUUUCUGGUUUCCUCCGGGAGACUGUUGGAGAGCCGUUCUAUUUGCUGGUGACGACUUUGAACCAGAAAAUAAACAAGGGUCCUGUCGAUGUAAUCACUUGCAAAGCCUUGUACACCCUUAACGAGGACUGGCUGCUGUGGCAGGUUCCGGAAUUCAGCACAGUGGCAUUAAACGUCGUCUUUGAAAAAAUCCCAGAAAAUGAGAGUGCAGAUGUCUGUCGGAACAUUUCAGUCAACGUUCUUGAUUGUGAUACCAUAGGCCAAGCCAAAGAAAAGAUUUUCCAAGCAUUCCUAAGCAAAAAUGGCUCUCCAUAUGGGCUUCAGCUGAAUGAAAUUGGUCUUGAACUUCAAGUGGGCACACGACCAAAAGAGCUUCUGGACAUCGACAGCUCCUCUGUGAUUCUUGAAGAUGGAAUAACCAAGCUAAACACCAUUGGCCACUACGAGGUAUCAAAUGGAUCCACUAUAAAAGUCUUUAAGAAGAUAGCAAAUUUUACUUCAGAUGUGGAAUACUCGGAAGACCACUGCCACUUGAUUUUACCAGACUCGGAAGCAUUCCAAGAUGUGCAAGGAAAGAGACAUCGAGGGAAGCACAAGUUCAAAGUGAAAGAAAUGUAUCUGACAAAGCUGCUGUCAACCAAGGUGGCAAUUCACUCUGUGCUUGAAAAACUUUUUAGGAGCAUUUGGAGUUUACCCAACAGCAGAGCUCCAUUUGCUAUAAAAUAUUUUUUUGACUUUUUGGAUGCCCAGGCUGAAAACAAAAAAAUUACCGACCCUGACGUCGUGCACAUAUGGAAAACAAACAGCCUUCCUCUUCGCUUCUGGGUAAACAUCUUGAAGAACCCUCAGUUUGUCUUUGACAUCAAGAAGACACCACACAUAGACAGCUGUCUAUCAGUGAUUGCCCAGGCAUUCAUGGAUGCAUUUUCUCUCACAGAGCAGCAACUCGGGAAGGAAGCACCAACUAAUAAACUUCUCUAUGCCAAGGAUAUCCCAACCUACAAAGAAGAAGUAAAAUCUUACUACAAAGCAAUCAGGGAUUUGCCUCCAUUGUCAUCUUCAGAAAUGGAAGAAUUCUUAACUCAGGAAUCUAAGAAACAUGAAAAUGAAUUUAAUGAAGAAGUGGCCUUGACAGAAAUAUACAAAUACAUCGUAAAAUAUUUUGAUGAGAUUCUAAAUAAACUAGAAAGAGAACGAGGGCUGGAAGAAGCUCAGAAACAACUCUUGCAUGUAAAAGUCUUAUUUGAUGAAAAGAAGAGAUGCAAGUGGAUGUGAGCACUCUGGGGCCUGACUUAAUCUGGCAAAAGUUCUUCAGACGACUUGGGAGCAAAAUGGCUACUUGAGCUACUAUGUCGUUAGUUUUUAAGUUUGCACAUAGGUUCCACACACUGUCUUUUUAAGAGACCAAGGCACAUGCACAGCUUUUAGAAAGCAUUCCAACCACUGUGCCUGUGUGUAUGCUGUGGGAACCUUUCUGUAAAUAGAGUUGAAGUGGUUGUUGCAAACAGCCUCCUUGUUUACAGAGAAUACAGGGCCAGUGAGCAAGUGUCAGUCUUGUAACUACAGUCUCCACUUAAGCACAAUGAUAUAAGUGGUUUCAUUUGAAAACUACAGCUAUGUAGCACUUGUGACUACACUGCACCUCUGCAGAAAAGGGACAUUGCCAAUGAUCAAAACAAAAUGUGAAAUGAGUCAUUUGGAAACAAGGUGGGGGUGUUAGGGCAACCUCGAGGAUUUGCAGCAUUGAAACUUUCCCCAGUAGUUCUUGGAAAAGCUGACCACAGAAUUUGGUAGUGUGUACAUUUAGCAUUUGUGAGUGUGUGUGUGUGUGUGUGUGUGUGUGUGUUUAAACCAAAAACUAACAGUGUUGCAACAUUGUUGAAAGGGCUCGUGUUUUUCAGUGGUCACCAACUGCACUCCAUCAAACUCACCUCCAUUUCACAACUGAGAUCUAGAGCAAGGAGAGCAAGUAGACGUCAUUAAAUCCAACAGCAUUUUAUCCAGAAACUUUGUCCAAACAUGUGUUCUCAUUUUUUUUCAUACUAAAUGUCUCUGAUGGUGGACAUGUUGGCUACUGUAUCAUUAGUUUACUUCCGCCUAAAAACUGAUCAGAAUUAAUCCUACAUUUCUAUACUAGUGUCUCCUUGCUUUAGAUUUCUGGUGAACCCUGUGGUUAUAAAUACUUGUGUGUGAUUUAAAAAACAACAACAACAACACAUUUUACAUUUCAUGAAAUUGUUGUUCACAUUGGAGUAUUAUAUAUGAAUAUAUAUGAGGCCCAAGGCCUGAAAAAUAUUAGUAUACAACUUGGUAUCUUAGUCUUACUAUGUACUUUUUGAAAGUAUUCCUCACAAGAGAAAGAAUUAAAAAUAAUUUUAUUCAUGCCUUUCUUUUUAAAGAAUUCCCUACCCAGUUAUAUUGUCUUUUUAUUGCUGGUUUUCUAUUCCUGAAUGUUUGCUGCUCAUGGCCAAUUUUAAUACCACUGUGUUUUCCUUCUGUUAAACCAGAAGUAAAAAGUUUGUCAACUUUCACACUUUCCUUGUGGCACCUUUAACCCUUGGUGCUCCAAAUCCCUGAUGGAGGAAAGAAAUUUUUUCAAGUAGCAAAUAAAAACAUUGAUCCUAUCUUUAAAAUCAUUUGCCAACAUUGUGUGGUAAUGAUAUCAGCAUUUAAAUGUGAAUUUGUCUUAAAUGCAAUUCUUGCUCCUCAAUAUCUGCUUCAGAGGAGACACCUAAACAAACUGAUCAGAGAAAAUAAGCAG